AUGGAAAUCGCUACUCAAUCCAACAUACAAGAGCUUGAGACUGAGGGAAUAGUAUACGAGGAGUCCGAAAUGGCUCUAUUUCUUGCAAAACUCUCAUAUUAUUCCACAAGAGAUGGAUCUACGGCAGCCGUGAACGGGAACGUGAAAUCGAUUUCAGUACAGCAGGCAGAGAUAUUGAAGUCCUGGGAAAGAAUUCAGCUAUCUAUCCAAAUGAUAAUUGCGAGAGGACAGCGUCCUUCGCAGCUCCAGAAAGUCCAACUUGCCCAGUAUCAGUGGAGGUUUCGCAUCCUGGAAGGCCUUCUGAAAAACCAAGGAAAAUCCCCAAAUAUUUGA